UUUUAAAAUUAAUGUACUUCAUAGCAACAUAUGUAUAUGCCUUUUUCUGUCCAUGUACUAUUACUUGCGCACUCUAAAUCGCGAUGGUAAUUCCUAGUUACUGACGCGAUAACUUGCGCCCGGGUCACUCGCUAGCUACCCGCUAGCGUGUCUUCUAUUUAUUAUAUUUUAUUUUUAUAAAUUAUUUUAAGUUUUGUUUUAAAUUAAAUUGUAUUAAUAAUAAAAUGUUUAAGUGUAUGGUAAUGUUAUAUUUCGCGCUGGUCGCGACAUCUACUGGCCAACAAUACGAUUACUACCACGACCUGCAUUUACCCCACGACCCGCCGCUGUACCCCGUGUUCGCUCAACCGCCUCCAACUCAAUUCAGCUGUUCUGGUAGAACUAUCGGAUACUACGCAGAUGUUCAAUCUGGUUGCCAGGCUUUUCAUUUCUGCUGGCACCGUCGUGUGAUAAGCACAGAACUGUGUACCAAUGGAACAUUAUUUAAUGAACAAUUUCAGGUGUGUGAUCACUUUUAUAACGUCCGCUGUGGAUCUCCGUAUGAAGAUUUAUAAACUAUUUGAAUAAAAAAACAUGCAGUUAAUGUUAGUUAUUGAAUCGGAACAAAUAAAAAGAAUUUUUUCUUCAGUAAUUUAUUAAAA